AUGAAGCCAAUCAAAGUCUAUGGUGGCUACUUUGGCCCAAACCCCCUCAAAAUAUGUAUCAUCCUUUCGGAGCUGGGCAUUCCCUAUGUGACCGAGCUAGUCGAUUUCAGCCAGCUUAAGACCCCAGAAUACGAGUCGAUUAAUCCAAAUGGUCGCCUCCCAACCAUUUACGACCCCAAUACCGACCUUACUUUGUGGGAGUCCGGUGCAAUAAUCUUAUAUCUGGUGGAGACCUAUGACAAGGAACGCAGGUUGAGCUUUGCGCCUGGGUCUCCUGAAGCGCAUCAGGCAUGCCAGUGGCUCUUCUACCAGGUCUCUGGACAGGGCCCUUAUUAUGGUCAGGCCGUUUGGUUUAAGCAAUAUCAUCCAGAAAAGGUCCCCAGCGCGCUGACGCGGUAUGUCAAUGAAAUUCGGCGGGUAUCUAAGGUGCUGGAUCGUUGGCUCGAGAAUCGGGAGUGGCUUGUUGGUGAUAAGUUAUCAUACGCCGAUCUGUCCUUUAUCACCUGGCAAAACGGGGCGCGUCGGGCAUUAUCCGACGAGGGGUACGAUGAAAAUGAGUUCCCACACAUGCUAUCAUGGUUGAAUCGGAUGAAUGAGAGGGAGAAGGUAAAGGAGCUCGUCGAGAAGCAGGAACUAUUGAUCCAGGAGAAGAAGAAAGCUGCUGCAAAAGAAGCUCACUGA